AUGGGGCAAGCACCAGUAAAAUCUGGCGUUGUAGCUUGGGGAUCUUCAGAAUAUGGCCAAUUAGGUGCAAUUUAUGAAGAAUCUAAUAUUGAACCUAAAUUAAUAGAGAGCUUAUAUUCAUUUAAUCGUAUUAAAGAAGUAUGUUGUGGAGGUCAUCAUUCAGCAGUAAUUACCCAUUCUGGAGAAUUAAUUGUUUGGGGAUAUGGUGGAUGUGGACAAUUAGGACUUGGUGACUUAAAAGAUAUAGUUAUUCCAAGAGUAAUGACUUCAAUAAAAAAUGUUAUUAAUGUAUCAUGUUCAGAUAGGCAUUCUGCUGCUAUAUUAGAAGAUGGUAGAUUAUAUACAUGGGGAUGUAAUAAAAGUGGAAAAUUAGGUAUUGGAUCUUUAAAUGUCAAUUUAAAUAAUAAUAUUAUUUGCACACCUCAACUAGUUGAAAAAUUAUUAAAUGAAAAAGUAAUAAAAGUAUCUUGUGGUAGUUUUCAUACAGCUUGUUUAACUGAUCUUAAUAAAGCAUAUACUUGGGGAUUAGGGAUGCAAGGUAGAUUAGGACAUGGUGAUACUAAUGAUGUCUAUACUCCAAAAUUAAUAGAAUCUCUAGCAGGAUUAUCUGUUAAGAAUAUUGUUUGUGGUGGUCAUCAUACUGCAAUUCUAUUAAAUAAUGGAAAGGUAUAUUUUUGUGGUGGUGGUGCCUUUGGAAAGCUUGGAUUUGGUUCAAAAGAAGAUAUUUAUAUCCCUAAACUUUUACAAGGAUCACUAACUAAUAAAUCUAUUAAGGAAGUAUCACUUGGAUAUCAACAUUCUGCUGUAAUAACUACAAAAGGAAAAGUUUAUACUUGGGGACAAGGUGGUAGAUUAGGUCAUAUUUAUAAUGGUCCUGAACCAGAUAUUUUAUCUCCAAAGCUUGUAGAAAAAUUAAAUUCUAUUAUUGCAGUUAAUAUAUCUUGUGGUCAUUCUCAUACAGUUGUAAUAAGUAAUAUUGGUGAUGUAUAUGCUUGGGGUGUAACUAGAAAUUUAGGUCAUGGUGUUAUAGAUUCUAAACCAAAUGAUCCUACAUUACAUCCUAUUUUACAAAAUAAAAAUAUUGUUCAAGUAUCUUGUGGUAAAACACAUACUAUUGCAUUAUCAGAUAUUGAAUUAUUAAUAGAUAAAGUUAAUUCAUCUCUUACAAGUAAUUAUAAUGAAAAAAAAAAUUCAAAUUUAAAUUAUAAAGGUGAUGAGAAUUCUUUUGAAAUAUCCGAAGUUAUUGAUAACUUAAUAUUUAAUAAAAUUAAACAUAAUAUGGACAAAUAUAAUUGUAUAACAGAUACUGAAAAAAUUAAUUAUUUAUUAUGUGAAUUAAAACGAAAAGAAGAACAUAAUAUUAUAUUACUUAAUUUGUUACAAAUAGCAUUAAGAGAAUUAGAAAAUCUUCAAAAAGAAACCAAAAAAGUAUAG